AUGGAUUUAGAUUUCGACAAGUACUGUCUUGUAGAUAGACAAAGCCCAACUACUGUACUAUCAAAAACUACGAUUAAAGGGACUUCAGUCGAAAGGAAGAAAAUCGAGCUCUCACAACAAAAUGCUCCUUGCGGCUUCUCUUUUGAAAUUAUUGAUUCUUUAUGCACUUCUGAUGAAGAUCGGCCAAUAGUAACUUCACUCUCGGGAAAAGGGACUUCGGUUUGUAGCCAUAAUAUAGAUUCGGGCUCGUGGGCUUCCAUGGUUCCAACCGAAUCAGUUGGUGGGGCCGUGAUGAGCGCUUCGAACGGGCCACAAAUCAAGUCGCGUUUUAAACCCGUCAAGAAGAUGUUCGACCCUUUUGUUAAAUCCAAGCUUCAAAGAAGCCCGUCGAGUAAUUCAAACAAAAGAACAAAUGAGGGAAAAGAGAAUAUGCAGUCUUCUUCUUCUUCUAUAGCUCACCUGCAUGGCCUUCUCAAGCUCGGGAAAAGGCGUGGCGGGGUCCCCUUUUUCGAGUUCUCGGUUAAGUCAUCGCCCGACGAUUUUUACUUGGCCAAGAUUGAACGAGCAGAAUACGGUUUCAAUUGGGUUUACACAUUCCAUUCCCUUCACAAGGGAGGAAAAAAGACGAGUCAUAAGAACAAUGGAAAUCGAGCAUUAUCACACAAUAUGUUGGCUCAAAUGCACGUCUCGUGCAAUCCGUGCGAAAAUUUCGUAAUGACAGAGUUUGUGUUAUACGAGAUCAAGAAUAAUUCAUGUGAAAAUAAUAAUGCUCGGUUCGAAUAUUCGCCCGAGCUAGAAAUCGUGGCUGUCGUUGUGAAGGCUCGUUUGGGGAAAAAAACAGAGGAAGGCAUAUUCGGAAUUUCGCGUCCUCCAGCCGAGACUCAUGUCUUGGUCCCAGGAGGGGCCCACGGCUCGCCAGCUGGCGGCGACCGGCCUUCUCGAUUGAUCGAUCGGUGGAGGCUAGGUGGCGGGUGCGACUGCGGCGGAUGGGACAUGGCGUGUCCUAUCGACGUUUUUAGUUGUCCGAACAAUGCUUUGCUGGUGGACGGUCGAAAUAUUUCGACCGAACUAUUUUUUCAGGGUAAAAAGGACAUUUUUUUACCGGCAUUCGCCAUGAAGGUAAGAACAGGGGAAGAAGGGAAGUUGUACGAUGUCGAUUUCCACGCGCGGUUAUCUUCGUUGCAAGCUUUCUCGAUUUGUGUAGCCGUAUUACAUGCCCAAGUCGAGGCCUCGGGAAGAAUGACGGCCGGCGGACAGUUUACAACUCGCUCGGCAUAUAGCUCUUUGACUCCGGAUGUUUUCCCGGUGAACCGCAGACUGUGGAAGAUGAUAUGGAGUUGGGUCGGGCCUCAACGGAUUCACCAGUUCUUAUGGCUAGCAGCAAAGGACCGGUUGCUGACAAAUAGCGAGCGAUAUAGGCGUCAUCUUGCAACUAGCCCGUUGUGCGAGUUGUGCCGAUCCCACCCGGAGACAACACUUCACGUGCUACGUGAUUGUGAGUUUUCGACCAAGUUUUGGAAGAAGGUGGUGCCUCGAUUCUGUUAG